AUGGCAGUUUUUCUGCUGCUGCUUGUUGUUUUCUCUCUUUCCUUUGCAAUUUAUCCCGUCCAAACUACUCCAGCAUCUCAUGCAGAAGUUCACAUUGUGUACUUGGGCCACAACAAUGGCCUCAGUCCUUCUCUAACUACACAUUCUCAUCUGCAACUUCUGUCGAGAGUCUUUACAAAGCCAGAUGAAGCAAGGGAGGCUAUUCUGUACAGCUACAGCUGUGGAUUCUCUGGUUUUGCUGCAUUGCUCAAUUCAACACAGGCUGCCACAUUGUCUGGAACUCAAGGGGUCGUAUCAGUAUUCAGGAGUCGGAUGCUGGAGAUCCAUACAACAAGGAGCUGGGAUUUCAUGGGCCUCCGCCUGCACAUGCAGAUGGAACAACCAUCGCAAAGGCAUUUGAAAUUUGGAGAUGAUGUGAUCGUCGGCGUCCUUGAUACUGGAGUGUGGCCUGAAUCCGAGAGCUUCAGGGAUGACCCCCACUACGGCCCCAUCCCAUCGUCAUGGAAGGGCACGUGCGUGAAAGGCGACGAGUUCGAUCCGGCCACCGCGUGCAACCGCAAGCUCAUCGGCGCGCGCUACUACCUGAAAGGCUUCGAGAGCGAGCUGGGCCCGCUGAACACCAGCGACGGGUCGGAGUACCGGUCGCCGCGCGACCGCGUCGGGCACGGCACGCACACGGCGUCCACGGCCGUGGGGAGCGUGGCGCCCAACGCCAGCUACUUCGGCCUCGGCCACGGCGCCGCCCGCGGGGGACGCGCCCAGGGCGCGGCUCGCGGUGUACAAGGUGUGCUGCGCGGCGUCGUGUCGGUGUUCUCGGCCGGGAACGACGGGCCGGACGCCUCCAUGGUGCAGAACGUGUCGCCGUGGGGGCUCACCGUCGCCGCCAGCACCAUCGACAGGAGGUUCCCGACGGUGAUCACGCUCGGGAACAACGCCUCCAUCGUGGGGGAGAGCUUCAUUGUGAAAGCCAUGAAGAAUGAUCUGGUAGAUAGCAGCAGCGUCUUCGCCGAUGGGACGUGCACAUUCGAUCAGCUGAUCAACCGCACAGCGGCAUCAGGGAAGAUCGUGCUGUGCUUCGCCACGAUGGGAACGGUGUCCAGCGACGGCGCGGCGCUGGCAGUGUAUGCCGGGAAGGGCGCCGGCGUGAUCUUCGCCGACACCCUAAGCCGGAAAUCGAGCCAGGACAGCUUCUGGCCGACGGUCCACGUGGACCUGUACCAGGGCACUCAGAUCCUCUACUACAUCCUCGACUCCAGCAAUCCGACGGUUCACAUAUCUCCGAGCAAGACGGUCGUCGGCGAAACGCCGGCGCCCGCCGUGGCGUACUUCUCUUCCAGAGGGCCGAGCUCCGUCUCUCCAAAGAUCCUCAAGCCCGACGUGACCGCCCCCGGAGUGAACAUACUGGCAGCAUGGCCGCCCAAGUCGUCGCCGACGGUAAUCCCCCUGGACAAGCGCUCGACGGAGUGGAACUUCGACUCCGGCACGUCCAUGUCGUGCCCGCACGUCUCCGGCAUCGCCGCGGUCAUCAAGUCCGUGCACCCGACCUGGUCGCCGGCGGCCGUCAAGUCCGCCCUCAUGACCACAGCGUACAUGUACGACGACACGUCGGACGUGAUGCAGGCCGGCGGGACGGUGAAGGCGGCGGACGCCUUCGACGUGGGCGCGGGGCACGUGGACCCGCUGCGCGCGCUGGACCCCGGGCUGGUCUACGACGCGGGCGCGCGCGACCACGUGAUGUUCCUCUGCAGCCUGGGCUACACGGAGUCCGCGAUCCGGAACAUGGUGCUCCCUUGCCCGGCGCUCGACACGAGCUGCCCUUCCGGCGGCGCGGCGGCGGCGGCCCACGCGGACCUCAACUACCCGGCCAUCGUGCUACCGGACCUGGGCGGCACGGUGACGGUGAAGCGGACGGUGACCAACGUGGGCGCGAACCGGGACGCCGUGUACCGCGUCUCCGUGGCCAGCCCGCAGGGCGCGCGCGCCGAGGUGUGGCCGCGGGAGCUGGCCUUCUCCUCUCGCCACGGUGGCGGCGAACAGGCCUCCUACUACCUGACCGUCACCCCCGCGAAGCUGUCCCGCGGCCGGUUCGACUUCGGCGAGGUGGUGUGGUCCGACGGCUUCCACCGCGUCCGUACGCCGCUCGUCGUCAGGGUGACCAACCUGCCGGACGACGGCGUCCGGGUCCGGGCCGCCAACGCCACGGGCGACGUGCACGGCGCCGACGGUUCCCAGGCCACCGCCUAG